CUCUGUGAUCAUGGGUUCUCUUUGCUAUCUCCAUCUCAAUGCUUUAUCAUGGACCCUUCAUACGGUACCCAUGGACCCUCUGGAGUGAGUGUAGAGAACCCAAGUUUGAGACCAUCUCUCUGGGCUAUAACUGUCACCCAGGCCGCGUCGUCUUGCUGUCAAUUACCCGAGUUCACUCGGCACGAGGCGGUCGUGAGUCACUGCACAUGGCGAUGCGGGAACGGCCAUACCAUGUACCAGUGUACACAGCGAGUGCGCUGGUUGGCUGACGGUCGUGGGUUGGCUGGCCGCUAUCACGCACCCUGUCACCGCUAACAAAACCCGGUUAUACCACCGUGAAAAACCCAAUGUUGUGUGCGCAGCAUGUGCCGGCUCCUGUUCAUUGCUUUAUACGUGGUCUGGUAUCCCAGAUACAUCAUCAACUUUGGGGUCUCAGUCUAUGUAGUGGUGACUACAGACAGUGCAUAAUAGUUGGGUCCAGCAGGUUCGCGUACUUGGACCAGAGUGAUCGCAGCUUGUUGUGUAUAUAAUAUCCUAUCAACUAUAUUGUCAGAAAGGAGAACGUUGGGGAUGAGGAGGAGCUGUUUUUAUUGCGGAUGAGUUGACGUGAUUUGUGUGGUUAUUGUCUUUUCGGUCGGUGGAAUUUUUGUUUUCAGCCACGGGAUAUGCUGAUAGCGGUUCAUUGCCCAACCCACACGGGCACAACUGCGUUGUAUAGUUGUGCAUUCCUUCUAGUUUCGCAGUAUUGAGCUGGUCUGAUACCACUAGCGGUUCAUCUACUGAUGGUUGCCUGGAUGUAAUAACAAAUACUAAGUAAAAGACAAUUCAUUAAGAUUCUGUCUGUGGAUGUUUGGUGGAUGCAAACAAGAGCUUCGUGUAUACAGACUCUUCUUUGCUCUCGACGUGCGAAGUUGUUUGAAAAGUCGACUGACUGAAGCAACGAGGAGGCAGAAUUAUCAUCGCUGUUCCGAAGUAAUUAUCAGUGUUUAUUUUUGUUUUCAACUCUUGUUUUGCUCGGACACUUUGAAUGUAUUUCACUUUGCAACCGGUCAAGAUGCCACAGUCGGUUGUCACCGAGAACCGGGAGCAACAGGGACUGGAGUCCGGCCCGGCUUGCCACGAGAGCUACCGGCAAGAUUGCGGGGAGAUGGCUGGGGGAGGAAGAGGGGGCCCGGAUGGUUCGCCGUGUUCCCCACCGACCCACCAGCAGCAGCACCGGCCACCACCGUACGAGAAGUCCAAGGCUUGCAUGUGUGCCGGCUGCGGCGGCCCCAUUCAGGACCGGUACUACCUGCUGGCAGCCGACCAGCAGUGGCACACCGAGUGCCUGCGAUGCUGCGAGUGCAAAGUCACCCUGGAUAACGAACUGACCUGCUUCGCCAAAGACGGGGGCAUCUACUGCAAGGAACACUACUUCAGGAGGUUCGGCGUCAAGAAAUGCGCCCGUUGCGGCACGGGCAUAGCGGCCCACGAGAUGGUGAUGCGAGCCCGUAGCCUAGUCUACCACCUGUCCUGCUUCACCUGUUCGGCAUGCAGCAUGGCCCUAACCACGGGCGACUACUACGGCAUGCGGGACACUCAGGUCUACUGCCGGCUGCACUACGAGAGCACGGCCCUCAGCCCUGCCGAGCAACACCGCAGACACCAGGGGGAGAACCAACCUCACCUAACCCACCAACCCCACCCAGCUCAUCAACCCCUCCACUCCCAGGGGAUGGCACCCAGCUAUCAGGGACCCCUGACCCCCGGGCCGUCCCCACCCUGCGCCCCGUCGGUUCCCAUCGGGUUCUACAACGGCAUGGGUGUCGGCGUUCACAAGGGCAGGCCCCGGAAGCGCAAGGGAGUGGACUCGGUCGGCGACUACUGCAGAGUUGUUCAAAAUGGCGUCUGCCAGCCCCUCUUGGAACCCUCAGAGCCCUGCCCCCGCCCCGCGGAGUGUGGCAGCAACGUAGAUCACCGAAGUAGUAACUUUAAAAACGACGACCUACAGCAAUAUACAGCGACCCCCGAGGGACCAGCCUGUCACGGCCCACGAAACGGCAACCAUCGCUACAGCCCGCGAGAUGUCAAGUAA